CGGGAGGCAGGGAGGAAGGGCGGACAGGGAGGUCGGGAAGGGGCACCCGGGCCGCAGCCCCCGCCGGGCAGACACGGGGAAAUCGGGGAGCCCGGUCGGGUGGGCGCAGCCCAGGGAACCCCCAACCCCAGCGCGGAGGGCACCGCGCGGGGUCACAGGACGGAGGCCCAGAGACCCCCCACCUAGGCCGGGCGCGGAGGGCGGCGCGGAGUCACGGAUCGGCAGCAGGACUGAGCCGCGCCCACGUGGAAGCCGCCGCAGGCUUCGUGCGGGGACCCCCGGGUGCACGCGGGCAGGGGCCGGGGUCUCCCGACGCGGGACCCCGCAUAGUGUGAAGGGGUGGGAGCCGCCUGGAGGUCAAGGGUCGGGGGUCGGGGCACACAUGUCGCGCAUCCCGGCGGGGUCGCCGCGGCCUCGGAGCGAACGGGGGAUCAGGGUGGGCUUCUGACUCCGCAGCCGCCCGCCCGCUCGGGUACCGGCAGCGGCGUGACCUUCACAAGGUCAAGGCUGCCGCGGAACCCCCAGCGGCCCCUACGGCGCAUGGGCGGGGCCUGGUUCCCGGCAUACCUAGGGGUGCGGGGCGGGGCGUCUCCGGGGAGCUCAGCCAAUGGGCGCGGUGCGCUGGAGUGCGGGGCGGGGCGCAGCGGGGUUCCCGGCAGCCCUCGGAGGCGAGGCACGCAGGUAGGGGCGGGGCAUGGCCGGGCGGCGCAGCCAAUGGGCGCGGCGCGAGGAGGCGCGGGGGCGGAGAGUGGGCGUGGCGUCGGCGUCUAAGCGGCUGCGCGGUAGCCCUUCCGUCCUUUCGGUCCCGGCGGCGGCAGGGCUGAGCCAGCGACGCCCUCCAUUCACUCUCCGCGCCCGCUCUCCGGCUGUGCGCCCGUUCCGCUGCCCGCCCCGCCACCAUGACGGAACAGGCCAUCUCCUUCGCCAAGGACUUCUUGGCCGGAGGCAUCGCCGCCGCCAUCUCCAAGACGGCCGUGGCUCCGAUCGAGCGGGUCAAGCUGCUGCUGCAGGUCCAGCACGCCAGCAAGCAGAUCGCCGCCGACAAGCAGUACAAGGGUAUCGUGGACUGCAUCGUCCGUAUCCCCAAGGAGCAGGGCGUGCUGUCCUUCUGGAGGGGCAACCUGGCCAACGUCAUCCGCUAC